AUGGAGAACUCGUCAAGUUCCAAUGCCAAUGUCUCCCAUGAUACCUUGUCUCAACAUGGUGCUACGGAUCCCGGAGAAAAUCACCUUACGCGGGAAAAGACCGCAAAGUCAUAUACCUACGAGAGCGUGAUCGGAUGGCGUCGCUACCGAGUACUAAGGCCAUGUCGCGGCAUGUACCAUGAUGUUCGUCGAAGACUUCCGUACUAUUGGAGCGACAUCACAGACGCGUUCACCUAUAGGACUGUGGCGAGUACAAUUCGGAUGUAUUUUGUUAACCUUCUUCCUGCACUUGCCUAUACCCUGGAUAUGUACAGAAGGACUGGCGAAUUCUUCGGUGUUACCGAAGCUCUCUUCUCAUCUGCUUUGGCGGCAAUGGUGUUUAGUAUUAUUGGCGUUCAGCCAUUGACAAUCGUUGGAAUUACUGGUUUGAUCUCGCUAUUUAACUACACCAUCUACGACAUUAUUGCGCAAUACGACCCGUCGUUGUACCCCCUUUUUAUGGCUUGGACGGGGAUAUGGGGUGCAAUCUUCCACUGGAUUGUCGCCGUUCUCAACCUGUGCGAUUACAUGCGCUACGUGACAGACUUCUCCAGUGAGAGCUUUGGCAUGUACGUCGGUAUUAUCUACAUAAUCAAAGGAGUAGAGGAGUUGGUCAAUGAAUUCGACCAGGAAAACGCCACAGCAGGCUACUUGAGUUGCAUCAUCGCUAUCCUCUACUUUGGAUCCGUCUACAGUCUAGAGAAGCUAGGCCAGAGUACAGUCUGGCAGCCUUGGUUCCGUGGCAUACUCGCAGACUACGCCUAUGUGUUUACAACCCUUUUCUGGGUGGGAUUCUCCCACAUUCCAGGCAGACUUCAAGAUGCGCACAUCUCACGGCUUCCAGUAACGAAGGCUUUCUAUCCAACUCAGCCUAGAGAUUGGCUAUUGGACUUUUGGAAUCUUCCUGUGAAAUGGAUUUUCGUGGCUGUCCCAUUUGGCUUCUUAGUUAUGCUACUCUUCUACUACGACCAUAAUGUCAGCAGUAUCACGGCUCAGGCACGUCAGUUCCCGUUGAAGAAGCCCGGUGGAUUUCACUGGGAUUUCUUCCUGCUUGGCUGCACCACGUUCGUAGCCGGGAUCUUAGGACUGCCUCUACCGAAUGGUUUAGUUCCACAGGCCCCGGUCCAUACGGACUCUCUUACGAACUACGAAACGAAGCUCAAGAUCAUUCCUACGACCGAAGGCGAAGGCACUGAGAUACGCCGGCCCAUUGUUGAAGCGGUCGACGUAGUUGAGCAGCGUGUCUCACAUUUCCUGAUGGGUCUUGCUCUCAUUGGUACCAUGACCGGUCCAUUGCUUGUAGUGCUCCACACUAUGCCCUCAGCACUGUUUGCUGGGGUUUUCUUCGUCGUUGGUUGGGGUUCUAUUGAAUCUAAUGGAAUUGUUCAAAAACUCGUGUUCCUCAUGUCCGAGAACCGUUUUAUCCAACGUGAUGAGCCUCUUCUCACCAUUCGGCGGCGUAAAAUUUGGCUCUUCAUUGGACUUCAGGGUCUUGGAGUUGCUGCCACGGUUGCUAUCUCUCAGACCAUUGCGGCAAUAGGCUUCCCAGUACUCAUCAUCCUACUCAUUCCUCUCCGAACACAUCUUAUUCCGCGGUGGUUCAGCCUCCGAGAGCUUGAAGUCAUGGACGAGUUUACGUGCACUAACAAGCAAGUCCUGGCUAGUUUGGGCGGUACUCCAAAAUUACCUGAGCACACUCGGGCAGAGGAUUGGGGCUUGGAGCGGCAGCGAUCCGAACGGCGAUUUGGACUGAAACGACAGAGAGCUGGAAGUCUGAAACGCUGA